AUGCCUAAAAAGCCGACUCCAAAAUCAAAUGCAUCGCCAAGUACAACGGACGACUGGAUGGCACCAGUUCUCACAGCAGACGAAGAAGCUGAUGUAGAAAUAGUAGAAAAACAAGAGAGUAAAGGGAAAGGGAAAAAGAGCAAAGGCUCGAGGAGAACAGGAUCAAAGGGUAAAAAUGCUUCAGCUAAUACGAUGAGCAAGUCGAGCUCAAUGAAUCUAAAGCCGAAGAGCGCGUCAAAGCAGAUGCCUAUCCGCAAAAAAACCAAAGGAAAAAAGGGAAGCAGGUCAAAAUCGAGCACCCAAAGUCUCGAUCGAGCUACUGGAGGAGCUGAUACCAGUAGGAACAGUGCUGCUGGCACAUCCAACAGCAAAAAAGGACCAAUAAUUUGUGGAUCUAGGAAAAAAGGAAGUAAGACAAAGGGAUCGAAAAGUCCGAGUAAGAAGAAAGUGAGAACGCCCGGCCCGUGCGCCGUGAAAGUGAAGAAAGGCAAUAGAAGAAGACGACCGAAGAAAGCGUCGAAGAAGAAAAGCAAGGAAAGUGAUAGCAGGCCACCUUCAUCAAUGACAUCUUCACAGAGCGAAAGCGUAGACGAGGGAGAAAGUGUUUGCUCCAGUAGAUGUCAUUGCCAGAGUUCUGUGCAGCAAUUCGCUAGAUUUGGAAAAGCGGUAAUCUACCAUGAACUAUCUCGUCGAACAAGGCGCAGCUCCACCGCUAGUCCACUGCAUCAAAUCGCAAUGUUUCCUCCUUCUCAAGAAGACGUCUCAGGCCGCCCCCCCCGGCAGGCCACACGGCCAUCACCAUCAGUUGUUGCUCGUGUGGAAGAAUAUGGAGCUCUCCGAGGACCUUCGGCCUUACAGAGCCGAUGUCAUGGAAAAUAG